AUGUCUGGCCCUGGCGCAGGUAACCCUCCUCCACCAAUUCUUCAAGGCUUGGGAAUCACUUCAAAUACAAUAAACGGGAGUGGUACUCCUAACAAUGCUUUUGCGGGGAACAACCCAGGGCCUGCCAUCAAUAAUCCAAGAACAAGACCGGGAGGCACACAGACGCAGCAACAAAUGAAGCAGCAACCAAAUCCUAGUAUGCUUCGUCAACAACAGGCGCAGGGGCAACAUACACAAGAGCAGCAAAUGCAACAUUUGCAAAGGCAGCACCAACAAAUGCGAAAUCAAACUCAACAGCAACUAAAUAGUCAGCAAGUGCAGCGGAAUCAGAUUCAACAGCAACAAGCGCAGCAGCAAGUACACAACCAACAAAUGCACACACAGGAAGCCGGUUACCCCAACCAAAAUCCAUCAUGGUUAGAACUACAAGGUCUCCCCAUAGAUCCAGCUCUACAACAUCUUCUCACCACCGGUCAAGCCGUCAAUCCCACACAAUACCGGGUUCAAAGAGGAAUGCCACACCCUUUUCCUCCUAACGGCGCAUCAGUAAACGCACAAUCAGCUAGCGGAGAGCAAAAAGGAGAAGAAGAAGAGGGAGAAAAAAUCUACGAAACCAGCACUCUACAUCUCCAAAUCAGCUCCCCUCUUACAAUCACCGGCGAUAACAACAUAAUCACAUUACACCCCUCCCCUCAAAUACAAAACAUCACAGACGCAGUACUCAACGCUCUGAAAUCCGUCACCGAAGGUACACGUGGUCUCCCAAUGGGCGACCAGGAAGGGACACCCCGCGGGAUCCGUAUUGAUGUCAUGGCAGCCGUUGCGAUAAAUGGUCAAAAUAAUGUAAUCGGAGAAGAAGCUGUUAGGGCUUGGGGUCAAAAGGUUAAGGCUGAAGCAAUGGUGACACAGAAUCAUUCGCAGAGAUUGAUGGCGCAGGCAAAUGUUCAGUUUAAUGCGCAGAAUAGGAAUCAUAUGCAAGCUGCGCAUGCUCAGGCACAGGCACAGGCGCAGAAUCAGGGACAGGGAUACGGACAACAACGACAGAUAAUGCCACCAAUGCAAGGGAAUACGCAGAGACAGGCUCAGGUUCAAGCCAGCGGCGCUCCUACACAGGCACAGCCUCAACCUACUAUCGUACAGAGACAAACCCAGCCUCAGACGCCUGUCCAAAGACAACCGCAAGCACAAGCACAAGCACAAGCACCCACCCAGCAACAAACAAAAAAGACCACACAGCCAGAGGCAGCAAAGACUCAAGGCCAGAUAGAACAGGUACAAGCACAAGCGCAACAAAAUGCAGGUGUAAUGUCUGCUCUUGCUUCGAAAGAUAGUGGGAAGAGGGCUAGGGAACUGAGUAUGGAUCGGGAUCAGAAUGGGGAGGAGGCGAAUAAGAAGACUAAGACGAAGAUGGAUGGGUAG